GUCCUGAUGUCAGCGCCGGCGGAAAUUUUAAAAUUCAAACCGCCCAAGGUUGGCCUAGACUAAAGCUCUUGUUUUGGCGGCUGUUUUCGCGUGCAGUCGUGGAGUUUACUGAAAGCUGGGCGCUGGGUCUCGUUGAGAAGCCGAGAGAAAGGUUACAAGCAUGAAGCGCAGUUCGGUUUCCAGCUGUGGUGCUGGCCGCCUCUCUAUGCAGGAGUUAAGAUCCCUGGACCUCAAUAAACCUGGCCUUCAUACCCCUCAAACCAGAGAGAGGUCAACCUUUGGAAAACUGAGUACUCACAAGCCUACAUCUGAAAGAAAAGUCUCAAUAUUUGGGAAAAGGACUAGCGAACAUGGGUCCAGGAAUAGUCAACUUGGUAUAUUUUCCAGUUCUGAGAAAAUCAAGGACCCAAGACCCCUUAAUGACAAAGCAUUCAUUCAGCAGUGUAUUCGACAACUCUAUGAGUUUCUUACAGAAAACGGUUAUGUAUAUAGUGUAUCCAUGAAGUCUCUACAAGCUCCAUCUACCAAAGAUUUCCUAAAGAUCUUCGCCUUUCUUUAUGGCUUUCUGUGCCCAUCAUAUGAACUUCCUGAUACAAAAUGUGAAGAAGAGGUCCCAAGAAUUUUUAAAGAACUUGGGUAUCCCUUUGCACUGUCCAAGAGCUCCAUGUACACAGUGGGAGCCCCUCACACGUGGCCUCACAUUGUGGCCGCCUUGGUGUGGCUAACAGACUGCAUCAAGAUUCAUGAUGCCAUGAAACAAAGCUCACCUUUGUUUGAUGAUGGGCAGGCUUGGGGAGAAGAAACUGAAGAUGGAAUUAAGCAUAAUAAGUUGUUUUUGGACUACACAAAAAAAUGCUAUGAGAAGUUCAUGACUGGAGCUGACACCUUCGAAGACGUGGAUGCUGAACUGCAGGCGAAGCUGAAGGACUUGUAUAAGGUAGAUGCGUCCAAGCUGGAAUCACUCGUGGAGGAAAACAAAGCACUGAAUGAACAGAUUGCAAGACUGGAGCAGGAAAGAGAAAAAGAACCGAACCGUCUGAUAUCAUUGAGGAAACUGAAAGCUUCCUUACAAGCAGAUGUUCAAAACUAUAAAGCAUACAUGAGCAAUUUGGAGUCUCAUUCAUCCAUUCUGGAGCAGAAACUGAGCAGUCUUGAUGAAGAGAUUGGUAGACUGGAGCUAGAAUGUGAGACAGUUAAACAGGAAAACACUCGACUACAGAGUGUUGUUGAUAACCAGAAGUAUUCGAUCGCUGACAUUGAGAGAAUAAAUCAUGAGAAAAAUGAAUUGCAGCAGACUAUAAAUAAAUUAACCAAAGACCUGGAAGCCGAACAACAACAAAUGUGGAAUGAGGAAUUAAAAUAUGCCAGAGGCAAAGAGGCGAUUGAAGCACAGUUAGCAGAGUACCACAAGUUGGCUAGAAAACUGAAGCUUAUCCCCAAGGGUGCUGAGAAUUCCAAAGGUUAUGACUUUGAAAUUAAGUUUAAUCCUGAGGCUGGUGCCAACUGCCUUGUCAAAUACAGGACUCAAGUGUAUGCACCUCUCAAAGAACUCUUGAAUGAAAUCGAAGAAGAAAUUAACAAAGCUCUGAAUAAAAAGAUGGGUCUGGAGGAUACUUUAGAACAACUGAACACCGUGAAAACAGAAAGCAAGAGGGCUGUGAGAAUGCUGAAGGAAGAGGUUCAAAAGCUGGACGACCUUUACCAACAAAAAGUUAAGGAAGCUGAGGAAGAAGACAAGAAGUGUGCCAGUGAGCUUGACUCCCUGGAGAAACACAAGCACCUGCUGGAAAGCGCAGUGAACGAGGGUCUCAGCGAGGCCAUGGGCGAGCUGGACGCCGUCCAGCGGGAAUACCAGUUAGCUGUGCAGACCACAACUGAAGAAAGAAGAAAGGUGGGAAACAACUUACAACGUCUUUUGGAGAUGGUUGCUACACAUGUAGGGUCUUUGGAGAAACACCUUGAAGAGCAGAUUGUUAAAGCUGACAGAGAGUAUGAGGAAUGCACGUCUGAAGAUCUCUUGGAAAACAUCAGAAGGAUCGCAGAGAAGUAUAAGAGCAACGCUGCCCAACUGAAGGCCCCCGACAAAUGAAGAUAAAUUAAUUAAUCUUUCAAAGACAUAACAGUAUUUUAUCCCAAAAUUAUGGUAACAUGGUAGAUUAGAUGUGACAGAUAGUUAAUAAAGUGUACUAGUGAAGCGUGGGCGUCCCCUCCCAUUUCCAUGACUCACUUCUGACCUGAGGAGAAGAUAUGUGGCAUGGGCUGUACUGGGAGUUAGCAAAUCCAGUCUGAAUAUGUCAGGCACACCCACUCACUGCCUACAAGUUCUUUCCUGCUGUAAUGGUAGUUAAGCAUAUGCAGCAGAGGCUACUCAGCCUGCAAAGCCAGAGGUAUUGCUCCCCAGGUCCCUGUUAGGUGUCUUUUCCUGGGGAGAUGUGAAGAAGCAUCUGUUCACGCACAUGGAAAAGAUAACAACUAAAGGAUUCCAUCCAAGUCCAGCUGAAUCAAUAAGUUCAUCAGGCUUACUGGCAGAUCAAAAAUGGCCACCAGGAAAUCCCCUGGACAAGUACAGGCAUUAUACCAUGAAAAGUCCCACCUACUGGAUAACUCACAGCAACACCACUUGAGAGUCUUGGACACCUUGAGGGAGGCUAUUCUACCACAAAUUUUCCUUGUCAGCUAUGUGCCUUUUGUAUAACCUCGGGGCAGGGCACUUCUGAGGACUCAGGGCUGAACACCGUAAGCCUCCCUCCUCCAUCCAGGGGGGAAUGAAGUGAGCUGCUUCACUUAAGCCUAGAGGAGACUUACACAGUCCUUUAAUAAAAAAUUUGUUUGAUUAAAGACUGCCUACUUUUAAAAGUUCUUGCUCUGGGAUGUAUCCCAAGUAGAGAACUUGCCCAGCAUAUUCAAAGUUAUAGAUUCAGUCCCCAGCUCCCAAGAAUAAGCAGUUAAAAGAUAGUUGUAGGUUUAGAUUUAAAUAAAAAAUAAAAAAAAAACUGCUUUAAUAAGGGUUUUUAAACAUUUUGAUUCCCCUUGUAGCCCACCGUCCAAAGGUAGGGGAGAAGAAAAUGGUAAAUAGGACAAGAGGAUGUGGACCCAUUUAGUAGACCUGUUUAGUAAUUCUUUGGAGCAAUUUAAUCUCUGCAGUCCAGUUUAGUAGUGUCAGAAUACCAAACACAAAUCAGUAGCAGGGGUACGAUCCAACAGAAACUGCCAGGCCUCCUCAGAAUUGACAGGAGUCCGUGGGAGUGACUAGGACUAGCCAGAAUGCCUUGAGAACUUCUCUGCUGUGCCUCUCAAUGAAGUGAAGAUCAGCCAAGAUGUGAGCCAUUGAAGUGUUGCAAGACUCGCUGUGCAAGGACCCUGUCAUUGUCCAUUGGGUCCUAGUUAUACUCUCCAAACACAUGUCCUCCGCAAAACACAAGGAGACUCUGCAUCACAUGAUACAGCCAGAAACUUAUACUUCAGACAGUUAUCUUCAGACAGUAUGGAGGUAAAAAAGUAAAAUAAAAUAAAUAAAAAAAACCUCAAGUUGCUAUUUAGAGCCUAGACAAAAUUUCAGUUUUAAAUCUAUUUUUUAAAAAUAAUCUCAUGUAAUACAUGGUAGUGGUGUGUUAAGAGUAGGCUACUGCUAGAGUGCUUGUCUAGCCUGUCACGGCCCUUGGGUUUGAUCCCAGAACCGAGGGGAGAAAAAACAAAACUAUUAAAGCAAACACACAGCCUCAAUCUAGCUCAGUGAGGGAUGCUGAGAGAGAGGCAAAGGUCUGGAGGUCACGGCCAGCCUAACGUACAUAGCAGGAUAAGGGGAUCUAGCCCAGGCUGGCCUCAAACCCCUGCAUAGCUGAAGAUGACCGUGAACUUCUAACCCUCCCACUUCCACCUCUUUGUGAGAUUACAGUUUGUCUCCGUGUCUGGAUUAUGUGUUAUGGAGACCAAACUCAAAACCUCCUACAUGCUAGGCAAGACAACUAUCACCAGCCCCCCAAAAGCAAAACAUUAAUUAGAAGAGAAGCUGGCAUUUUAGUGCAUGAUCCAUCCUUUCAGCAACUGAAUAAGAGGAUCAAGAGACCCUGUUAAAGCUAAAGAGAAAAAGGAACAAGGCAGAAAGACACUCAGUGGACAUGCCCUUCCCUGUCCAUAAACUAUCAGUUCUCAUAACUCAUUAUCUGGGGCAUAAAGAGGCCCUGAUCACAGGCACAAAGUUCCACAUACACAGCUAAAGAAUGAGAAUAACAGCUUGUGUGAUGACUUAACAUUUAACAAAUUUCAAAAGUACCCCCCCCCCUUUUUUUUUUUUUUUUUGUAUUGGUUUGUUUGGUUUUUGAAGACAAGGUUUCUUUGUUUAACAGCCCUGGUUGCUCUGAAACUCUCUUUGUAUACCAGGCUGGCCUGAAAAUCAGAGGGAGAAAUCCACCUGCCUCUGCCUCCUGAGCACUGGGAUUAAAGGCGUGAACCACCACCCUUGGCUUGACUGUUAAAUUUUAUCAAAUGACUUGUAGGGAUUUAGACAUGAAUUGUGACUUUUUUCUAAGUAUUUUCAUAUGAUCACUUUCUCAGGCUGGGACUGUAACUCAUUGCAUCUGGGCCCAGAUUCAAUUUGAAGUUCUGUCAGAAAAACAAAAGUACAUGUACACAUUUCUAGAAUAAAUACCAUUUGGUCAUGA